ACAUCCUUCCUUAUUGAAAGAGCACACAGAGAGAAACGGCGAAUAUCACCACCGUUGGAACCCCAAUAUGCCGCCGAAGAAGAUGGGAGUGAACAGCAAGGCGGAGGCCGCUAGGGCACGGCGGAGCGCCACUGAAGCCGAGCGGAAAGAGACCGAUGCUCGCCAGAAGGAGGAGCAGUACUGGCGCGAAGCCGAGGGCAGCAAAUCACGCGCCGCCAAGAAGAGGGAGGAAGAGGCCGAGAAGCGAGCCGAGGCCGCCACUCGCAAGGCCGAAGCGCGGCGGCUGGCCGAGCUGGAGGAGAAGGAGCUGGAGAAGAUGGCGAAGAAGCCGGACAAGAAGGUCAGCCGCGUCGCGAUCCCGGUGCCGAAGGUGACGGAGGCCGAGCUGAGGAAGCGGCGGGAGGAGGAGGGGGCGGCGAUGGAGAAGAAGUCGGAGGAGUCGAAGAAGAAGCAGACGCGUACGGCGGCGGAGGAGGAGUACGAGAGGAUGGUGCUGGUGUCGAACACCAAUCGUGAUGAUUCGGUUAUUGAGGCCAGGACGGUGGAGGAUGCCAUUGCUCAGAUGGCAGUGGCGGAGCCCUUGCUGGUGGAUCGCCACCCCGAGAGGAGGCUCAAGGCUUCGUUUAAGGCAUUUGAAGAAGCUGAGCUCCCCAGGUUGAAGGAAGAGAAACCAGGACUUACUCACAAUCAAUACAAGGACAUGAUAUGGAAGCUAUGGAAGAAGUCUCCCGAUAAUCCUCUUAAUCAGGUUGCUGCUGAGUGAUCGCUGAGCAUGUUCAGUUGUUCACUUUCCAAUGGCGGGUAGGCUUCUCCUGAGCUUAUUUUGUUGAUUUCAUUAUGUCAUCUCGCUUGCAUAUUUAGUUUUAUAUGCAUAUAUUGUUUAUACUAUAGGUAAGUGCUAUGCCUGUAUAAUAAAGCAAUGAGUCUCUUAUCUUCUA